UUGCAUAUCCCGGGCAAAGCACGCAAGGAUACCUGGGGUAUUAGAGAAACAUGGCCGAAGGAGGUUCGAAUUCUGCUGCUGAGCCGCUGGGUAUGAGGGCUGUAAUAAUCGGUGCCACCGGAGCUAUUGGACAGUGUUUGUUGGGAGAACUUUUGAGCUCUAAGAACAUAUCCAAAGUUGUUUCUUUGGGUCGAAGAAAUGCUACGGUUCUUGCAGAAUAUUCUGUGGAUCAAAAAGCUGAAGAGGAAUCUGGAAGAUUGGAGCAACAUGUCAUAGACUUUGAGAAAUUAAGCACUGAAACAGUUGGUGAACAUUUCAAGGACAAAGAUGUCUUGUUUUGUACUCUGGGUACAACUCGACGAGCUGCAGGAUCUGCUGCUGCCUUUAAACAUGUGGACUUUGACUAUGUGGUUAACUGUGCAAAAGUUGCCAAAGAGGCAGAUGUCCCCCAGGUGUCACUAGUAACUUCUCAAGGCGCAUCAACAUCAAGUUUUUUUCUCUACCUUAAGACAAAAGGCGAGGUGGAGAAUGCAUUGAAGGACAUGCAAUUUCCACACACAAGCAUUUUUAGACCUGGUUUUCUUGACCGAGGGAGCAAACAGAGAUUUGUGGAGAAGAUGGCAAAACUGGUGAUGACUUCCAUACCUGUGGCAACAGUUGCCAAAGCCUUGGUAAUAGAUGCAGAGAACUAUGUGAGAAGCAAAAAGAGUGGUGAUUCCCAAAACACACCUUCAUCUGUCACUUAUGAAAAUGCAGAAAUUUUAGCUCUCUUGUCAACAAACUGAAGGGCACCUCAGAACUAAUUACAAUUGUUAAGUACUGUUUUCAACUUUCAUUAACAAUUAUCUUGUAAAAAAUGAAAAAAUUUGGAUAAUUUCUGUCAGGUCAGAGUGAUUUGCAUCCAAUUUCUCCUUACAAUAUCACCCCCCCCCCCAUCACACAUCAAGGUCAUGAGAAUAAAGGAAAUGA